AGCUGGACCAAUGAGCUGCGGCGGGAGGUGAAAUCCGGUUCUAACCGGUCCGGGGCUCCCAGCGCUAUAAAAACUUUAUAAACCCCCCGGAGCCCGAGCAGUGUGAAGAGGAGGCGAGAACGACCCCUGGAUCGACCAAAGCCGCGCGCAACUGCAUCCCCGCGUUCAGCGUCUACGUUUCCUCCCCCCGCCGCCGCCACCAUGCCCAAGAGAAAGGCUGAAGGCGAUGCUAAAGGAGAUAAAGCCAAGGUGAAGGACGAGCCACAGAGAAGAUCCGCCAGGUUGUCUGCUAAACCUGCUCCUCCAAAGCCAGAGCCCAAGCCUAAAAAGGCCCCUGCAAAGAAGGGAGAGAAGGUGCCCAAAGGGAAAAGGGGAAAAGCUGAUACUGGAAAGGAUGGAAAUAACCCUGCAGAAAAUGGAGAUGCCAAAACAGACCAGGCACAGAAAGCUGAAGGUGCUGGAGAUGCCAAGUGAAGUGUGUGCAUUUUUUGAUAACUGUACUUCUGGUGACUGUACAGUUUGAAAUACUAUUUUUUAUCAAGUUUUAUAAAAAUGCAGAAUUUUGUUUUACUUUUUUUUUUUUUUAGCUAUGUUGUUAGCACACAGAACACUGCAUUAUUUUGGGGAGAAGGAGCAUGUGUCACUAAUUGAAUAUCUCCAAAUCUGGAUCAAUGUAGGGGAGAAACAUCUUUCCCUGCUAGUUUUGAGACUUCCUCUUGGCCCUCAGGAGGAGGGAUUCCAUGGCAUUGACACACAAAAGCCAGUCACCUUGACACAAAUGCCCUGUGAUGUGGGAAAACUCAUUUUUAUGUCCUCCUCCCUCUCCAUCAUCAGCAUAGACUUAAACUCCCUUAAAACCAGAGGCCUGUUGGGACCUGACUCACCAAGAUUGGUUUUGCCAGUAUGUCAGGCAAUCUGGACUUUUCAGUGACAUCACUGAAAUGAUGUUCCCCAAAGAACAGUGGUUCCUUUUCUAGAUUGUGGAUCUUCAGAUUGAUAAUUCUGCCAUUUUCAUUUCAUUUCCUGAAAGUCAGGGUCGGCUUGUGAAAAGUUGUUAAACAACAUGUUUAAUGUGAAAUGUCAACCCUCACUCUAAACUUCCAUGUUCAGAGCUUCAGAUGAAGACGUCAUUGGGUUUUAUAGUGGCUUUCUGAUUUUGGUAGUCCAUCCAAGAAGGGAGUUUGAAAGUUGUUGUAUACUGUUUAAAGAUUGUCUGCCCAUGUCCUGCCUGAAAUACCAUGAUUGUUUAUGAAAAGUAUCUUUAAUAAAGCUGGAUACAGUUUGGCUUGGAA